CUGAGCUACAAGCGCAGUGCGCACACCACAGCAAAAUAUCGAGCUACACAGCCCGAUCGAUCAAGCAGAUAACUAAGACAAGCAAAUCAUCCAUGGGAGGGGGGAUGAAGCGCGCGAGGGAGGAGGAGCCGGUCUCGCUGGCACUGUCCCUUACCACGGACUCGACGUCCUCCACGACGUCGGCCGAGUCAUCCGGUUCGCCGGCCGCGACGCAGAAGAAGAGACCACGCCGUGGGAGAGUUGUUGCGACGUCGGGGGAAGGGGAUUUCGUGUGCAAGACCUGCGGCCGCGCGUUCGCGACCUUCCAGGCGCUCGGCGGGCACCGGACUAGCCACCUCCGCGGCCGCCACGGGCUCGAGCUCGGGGUCGGCGUUGCCAGGGCCAUCCGGGAGAAGAAGCAGAGCGAGGAGAAGCAGCAGCACGAGUGCCACGUAUGCGGGCUCGGCUUCGAGAUGGGCCAGGCGCUGGGCGGCCACAUGAGGCGGCACCGCGAGGAAAUGGCGCUCUCCGGUGGCGGCGACGGUCGCUGGCUCAUCGCGCAGCCGGAUCAGAAGGUGGUGCGGCACGCUGCCGACAGACCGCCAGUCUUGCUCGAGCUGUUCGUGUAGCUAGCAUUAGCUGGAUCUUCUGACUGUUUCUUUAGUUGAGGAC